CAUGGAGAGAAGAGCUGCUGCUAAUGUGAUGACAGCUGACUGGACCGAGACCUCCAGGCUGGACCUCCAGCUCACUUUCUGCUGCUCAACGUGUUUGUGUUGACCUUCACGCCACAAUCACGCGUCUUCUCCUUCUUCUUCUUCUUCUUCCUGGAAAUAAGAACCAGAAUAAGAGUAAUGUCUGUGCGCUCAGCUGCGGAGCUCCGGGACGCGUAGCUGCUCCACAAAAGUUGCGUCGCGGAGAGAAAACCCAAAGCAAGCACCACAUCACCAGGCUGGACGAGUUGGAUCUCUAGUCUGACUGGAUCUAACGGCCUGAUCGCUCGUUUUCCACCGGACGCACAGACAAUUUACAGGUUAUGAGUAAUGGAAGCAGGAUCGGUGGUGCGUGCUGUGUUCGAGUUUCUCCCCAGCGUCUCCGAGGAGCUGCCGCUCUUCACUGGUGAUGUGAUCGAGGUGCUCAGUGUCGUGGAUGAGUUCUGGUUGCUUGGUAACAAAGAUGGCGUCACAGGUCAGUUCCCCAGCACCUUUGUGGAGGAGGUCACCAUUCCCAGCACCAAGCCUGGAGACAGACUCUACGUGUGCAUCAAUGAUUUCAGCUCAGCAGAGCCGGGGAAUCUGUCCCUGAAGAGAGGUGAUGUGGUAGUGGGAGAGGCUGGAGGGUCCAUGGACCUUGGGGAAACCUGGCAGCGUGGCUGUAAUGCCUGGGGCGUCCGUGGUCUCUUCCCGACAUCAUGCGUGAAGGAGAUGAACCUCUCUGGUCGAUCCAGGCAGCUGUCUGAACGCUCAGCUCAGGCCCAGGCUUCAGAGCUCCCGUCUUACGCCCUGGGUCAAGCCCGAGCCCUCAUGAGCCUCCACGCGCAGCUCAACGAAGAGCUGGACUUCCGCGAAGGCGACUUGAUCAUCAUCACCGGCCUGCCGGAGCCAGGCUGGUUCCAGGGUGAACUGGAGGGCCGCAGGGGCAUCUUCCCAGAGGGCUUUGUGGAGCUCAUGGGUCCCCUGCGGUCUCCUCAGGAGCCCGAGGACUGCCAGGAUUUGAACAACGACCCUCAACAGUAUAUUGACGAGGACGCUUAUGACGCAGGAGAGGGGACUGAGGAGGAAGUUAUGGAAGAAGGGGAGGUUUUUAUGAGAGACGACGAAGAACGAAAGGAUGCUGCAGUCGAAGAAGAGCAAGAGGAGGAGGAGGAGGAGGAGGGUGGCAUUUAUGGAGUGGCGCUGUAUGAGUUUCGCGCCUUGGAGCCAGGAGAGUUGGACUUUGAUGUUGGGGAUCGAAUUCGCGUUGUGAGCACUUUGGAAGAUGGUUGGCUGGAGGGGGAGCUGCGAGGGCGACGGGGUAUCUUCCCUCACCGUUUUGUGAAACUGGAGGACGACGGACAGAAAACUGCAGAGGAGACAGAUGUGGUUGAACCAGUAGGAGGAGAGAAAGAGAACAGCUGCAGGGAAUACAGCUCAGAUCAUUUAUGCCCCAAUGGGUCAGAGAAUGAGCCUGAGUGGACGACAUAUGAGGACCACACAGUGUGGGACCUGGACUACUUUGAGAGGACUGAGGAGCAGAGGUGGCAACGUGAAAAUAAAAGUUCUGGGGCUCAGACUAAUAACAGGGGACAGAGAGAUGGAGGUAACAGGCCUGACUCUCGGCCACGUAGACCUCUGGCUCCGGCACACAGGGGACCAGAGAGACCCAAAUCUUCUCCUCCAGCAAGGCCCAGACUCCCACCUCGACCCAGCCUGCCUGCACGGAGCCAUCGGCAACAUGCUGGCACAAAUUCUAGCAGAAAUCAGUCGAACUACACCAACGGAAACACUCGACCCUUAAAAUCCAAACUAACUCAUAGCCUAACGCUGCCUAGCACUCAUUCUGGUUGGUCUAAAGACAGCAGAUAUUAUCAGAGGUCAUCAGCAGAUGGUUCCUUCACUAAUAACAGGGCUGCAAGUCUUUCCCAGGCUUUGGUUAAUCUUGUUGAGGGCCAUAAGCAGAAGAAGCUGACUCGCCAUGCUAGUGUAAGUGAUGCUGAUAUGAUGCAGCACACUGCCGAUGCACGGCCGCGUUCCCAGCAGACGGCUAGAGGCUCCAAUGGGAUACUGCCAUCAUCCAUCACCUUAGAAGCCUUGACAACCUCGGCCGGCGACCUGGAGGCCAAACUCUCCCAGCAGCUUUUUGAAUUUGAGAAAAGCUUGACUACUUCGUACAGCGAUACUAACGUAGGUUCUGGUGCCUCCAGAGAUGUGUCGCCUGUAGCCGACCUGAACCAGCAAUCCAUCAUCUCACGGCACUUUUCCAUCCUGGACUACAGCGAUGAAAGCGAUAUCAUCCGAGGCUCCUCACAUUCUCCUGUUUCCAACCUGAUGCAGUCCAAUUCCUUCUCUUUGGAAAGAAGAAGAACCCUCCGCCCUCCUCCUCCUCGUCCGAGAGUCCUUCGUCCUGCUGCUCCAGCUCCGUACAAACCAGCUCGCCCGGCUCCUCGUCCUCCUCCUCGCUGCCCGAGACAAAACACCACCCCUCCGACCGGCAACUCCCUCACCAGCAGCCCCAUCUUCUACUCUCCCGACGAGCCGGCUGCAAACCUCCUCGACCAAACUUCAGGAGGUCAGGCCGAGUUCGGCGACCUCGCAGCUGCCCAGGAACACGAAAUCCAGAGCCAGCUGGAAGCAGAGCAGGAGCUGGAGAGGGAGAUGGAACUGGAGAGUCAGAGACAGAGGGAGGAGGAGGAGAGGUAUCAGCUGUUACUGAGGCUGCAGGAGGUGGAGCACGACAUGGAGGCGUACGCUCACACGGCCGAGGAGCUGAGGGCGAUGCUGGAGGAGGAGGAGGAGGAGACGGCCCGAAUGCAGGCCCUGGAGAACCUGGAGUUCUGCAACUACACACUGGAGACGUUGGCCCUGGAGCAGCAGCAGCUACAAGAAAUGACGCUUUUGUCUUCCCAACCCAAACCCCUGGACUCCUUGCCGGCCUUGGACACGAGCCCCGCCGCCGGUACAGGGACGGAGGAUCCUGAGCUGAGGAUGCUGGAGAAGAGGUCGAAGGUGAUCGAGGAGCUGCUCCAGACGGAGAGAGACUACAUCAAAGAUCUGCAAAUGUGUGUCGAAGAGAUCAUUGAGCCUCUGCAGAGGAAGCAGGUGAAGAAUGUGGACUUUGAGGGGCUGUUUGGCAACAUCAGCUCUGUGAUCGACCUGUCACAGCGGCUGUUUGACACCCUGAAGGAGACAGACUCUACAGGAAAAGUAUUUCUGGACUUUAAAGCCGAGCUGGAAGAGGUGUACAAGAUUUACUGCCAAAACCAUGACGAUGCCAUCUCUCUGCUGGAGACCUACGAGAAAGACGAAAACAUCCAGCGCCACGUGUUGGAGUGUCUGGAGAGACUGAGGGCCAUUUAUCGCGAGUGGGGUAAAACAAACUACAUCAACCUCGGCUCUUUCUUGAUCAAGCCGGUGCAGCGGGUGAUGCGUUACCCGUUGCUGCUGAUGGAGCUGCUGGGGGCGACGCCGGACAGCCACCAUGACCGGCAGCAGCUGACUCAGGCUGUGCAGGCCGUCAAGGAGAUCAACGUAAACAUCAACGAGUACAAGCGGCGGAAAGACCUCGUGGUGAAGUACAGGAAAGGAGAUGAAGACACCUUCAUUGACAAGAUCUCCAAACUGAGCAUGCACUCCAUUAUCAAAAAAUCAAACCGCGUCAGCAGCCACCUCAAGCACCUCACGGGAAUUUCCCCUCAGAUUAAAGACGAAGCGUUUGAUGAGGCGGAGAAGAAGUUCAGGCUGCAGGAGAGACUCAUCAAGUCUUUUAUCAGGGAUAUUUCCUUGUACCUGCAGCAUAUCAGGGAAUCGGCAUCAGUGAAGGUCUUGGCUGCCAUCAGUUUCUGUGACAUCUACACAGAGCGCAGCCUGCUGGAUCCUGAGCGCUUCCAGAGAGCUCACCGCUGCAUCAGCGACAAGCAGUUCACACAGUUUAAGGCACGCACCGAGGACUUGGUCAUCAACCCGCUCACCCAGCUCCUACUCAUGUUCGCUGGGCCCCAUAAACUCAUCCAGAAACGCUUCGACAAGCUGCUGGACUACGACAACUGCAAAGAGCGAGCCGAUCGGCUGAAGGACCGGCGGGUGCAGGACGAGCUGCAGGUGGCCCGAAACAACUACGAGGCGCUCAACGCCCAACUUCUGGACGAGCUCCCCAAAUUCCACGGUGCAGCGGAGGAGCUGUUUACUGGCUGCGUGAGGGCCUUCGCUCAGGCCCAGAAGGACUUCAUGAAGACGACGCUGGGAGAGCUGAAGCCCCUCCUGCAGGUUUUUUCUAACCGAGUUGGUACAGAGGGAAACCUGAUUGCACAGUUUCAAGAAGAAUACAGUCGAGUCCUCCAACUUCUUCAGAGCUUUAGCUUCUGCCCAGAGAACCUGCCUCCAGCCACAGUCACGAAAAAGCCCUUCGAGAAGAAAACUCUGGAGAAGCAGGCCUCUAAAAAGCAGCUGCAGGGACCUCCCAACUACAUCAUGCAGACAGAUGAGCACCGUGCAGGACUGUUGGUACGCUAUGGGCCUGAGAAACUUUUCCAGGCUGAGAGGAACUUUAAUGCUGCCCAAGAUUUGGAUGUUUCUAUACUAGAGGGAGAUCUCGUGGGUGUGAUCAAGCAGCAGGACCCCAUGGGUAGCCAUAACCGCUGGCUCAUUGAUAAUGGAGUCACCAAGGGUUUUGUAUACAGUUCCUUCCUGAAGCCCUACAACCCACGCAGGAGCCACUCCGACGUCUCCAUCGAGAGCCAGUCGUCCAAUGAGUCAGGCUACGGUGGCUCCUCCCCUGUUUUCUCCCGCCAGAACAGCAACAGCACUCUGACCUUUAACCAGGAAACGGCCACUGUCAGCUUUUCCACAUCGCAGCCCCAAAGCCAGUCGUCGCCACACCCGUCUCUGGACUCCGCCUUGUCUCGCAGGAGUCACCUCAGAGAUGCACCCAACCUCGAAUCUGCCAGUCAGACCAACUCCAUGAACUCCUCACCGCGCAAUCCCUCAAACCGCCGGGACUUUACAGAACAAACGCACCGAAACACUCCCAGUCACAGAGAUACAGAACCUUCGUACCGGCACUCUGGCAAUCACAGAGACUCGUAUGAUACGGGUUAUGGACACAAGGAGACAUCGGACCUCUCUGAGACAGACUCUUGCUCCUCGCAAAGAAACAAUCGUGCACAGCGGUAUGGACACACAGAGAAAAGUUGUAGCUCGUAUCAGUGGAGAAAUGGAGACAGCAGCAGCCAGAAGAAGUGUACUUACUCCAGAGAGGAGUACAUUGAGCCAGAGCCGGAACCAGAACUGGAGAGCGAACUGGACGGUCAUCAGAUUUACUACGCUCUCUACUCCUUCAAUGCACGUUGCGCUAAUGAACUGAGCAUCUCGGCCAAUCAGCAGCUGCGGAUACUGGAGUUCCAGGACAUGAACGGCAACAGCGAGUGGUGGCUCGGCGAGGCAGGAGGUCGACGAGGAUACGUGCCUUCCAACUACAUCCGCAAAUCAGAAUACACCUGAACAAGUGUUGUCUUUACGGACAGUAUAUGAGACUGGACUUGCGAGCAGAAGGAACAAAAAGACCGAAAAGCAUCUUGACACGCCGUGACUUAUUUUUGACUUGCUGUCAUGGAGUUUGAUAGUGAGAAGGACUGACUAGUGCAGCAAACUCUGCUCCUGAAAGUUAGCAUCAUAUGCCUAUAUUUAUAGACUUUUUAUAUUGUUUUUACUUACUGGAAACUGCACCCUACCCUCCUAGUUUCCAGUGAAAAACCUGUGAAUUGCACCAGAUUUUUUGCCAUGUUCCCUGGUUCUAAAGACAAUGAAAUGUAAGUAGAAGAGAACACUCCUGAAGGAUAGCAUAUUGGGAGAGUCCAAUGGAAAUGUGAAUGUUUUGGGUUGAGACUAGCUCAUUUAAACCAACAUCAGAUGGUAUGCAGACAGACUGACCUAAACACUGUGUUAUUAACUUUUUUUCUGCAAGUGGUUUAUGACACCACUAUCAUGGUGCAUGAAUAUGAGAUAACUUUACACCAUACAGUUCAACAAUCAAGGUUUGAGGCACUUAUGAUGGUUGCAAGUUUGAAGAGUCUUCAGAGGCAUCAACACGAGUUUGGAGUGUUGCGUGAGAUUAACAUGGACCAUUUGCAUUAAAAUCGAGGACAAAGUUAAAAGGCAUAUUACAUAUCGUUUACAAGCACUCCUUCUGAACUUUGUCAGUAACCUGAAUACAUUUUUUUACUGGGUUUACUGUGUAAACAGGUGAUGACCCACUUUCCUGCAAGAGGAGGCUAACGAGCAGGGAGAGAGAUUGUGGUUAAGUCUCCUUCACAUGUACAUUAAAGGCUAUAUAAUACUGUAUAUUGAGAAUAUGCAUAUUGCACCCACUGUAAAAUGAUCACUGUUUGAAUAAAACAGCUCAGCUGACAAAUUA